GCGGGCUCCGGGGACCGCGCCCUGGCCGAGUUGUUGUUGGAGUUCUCCCGGGCACAGUACCGCGCCAAGGACGGCGGCGGUGCCGCCGCUAAGGUGGAACGGAUCGAGAGGCGCUGCCUGGAGCUCUUCGGCCGCGACUACCGGUACAGCGUGAUCUCCAACGCGCACGGCGAGGUCUGCGCCCACUACCCGCGGCACAUCGUCCUGCUGGAGCGCGAUCCCGGCCGCGACCCGUUUGAGAGCACUGUCCAGGUUGGCAAACUGCAGGACCUUAUCAACCGAAGUAAGAUGGCGAGGUGUAGAGGACGAUUCGUUUGCCCGGUCAUUCUGUACAAGGGGAAGCAUAUUUGCAGAUCAGCAACACUGGCCGGCUGGGGAGAGCUCUACGGGCGCACUGGCUACAACUAUAUCUUCUCAGGGGGUUCUGACGAUGCUUGGGCAGAUGCAGAAGACAUUUCAGAGGAGGAUUCUGCACUUAGGAAUGCUGACUCCCAGCUGUUUGACAAGGUCAGAGGACACGACAUCAAGCUGCUGCGAUACCUGUCUGUCCGAUACAUCUGUGACCUGAUGGUGGAAAACAAGAAGGUGAAGUUUGGCUUGAAUGUGACGUCUUCUGAGAAGGUGGACAAAGCGCAACGUUAUGCUGAUUUCACGCUUCUCUCCAUCCCAUAUCCAGGCUGUGAAUUUUUUAAGGAGUACAAAGACCGGGAUUAUACAGCUGAAGGUCUCAUAUUUAACUGGAAACAGGAUUACGUAGAUGCUCCAUUAAGUAUCCCAGUCUCUCUGACCCAAUCUCUGAAUAUUGAUUGGAGCGAGUACCAGAGCUGGGACCUUGUGCAACAGACACAGAACUACCUGAAGUUGCUGAUCUCCAUCAUCAAUAGCGAUGAUGACAGCGGGCUCCUGGUGCACUGUAUAUCCGGCUGGGAUCGAACUCCUCUCUUCAUCUCCUUAUUGCGCCUCUCCUUAUGGGCUGAUGGGCUGAUCCACGCGUCCCUGGAGCCAUCUGAGAUUCUCUACCUGACAGUGGCCUAUGACUGGUUUCUUUUUGGGCACAUGUUAGCCGAUCGGCUCAGUAAAGGAGAAGAGAUUUUCUUUUUCUGCUUCAAUUUUCUGAAGCACAUCACCUCUGAGGAGUUCUCUGCUGUGAAGUCGCAGAGAAGGAAGAGUUUGCCACCUGGCUUCACCCUGGAAGAGAUCUGCAUGCUCAAGCAAAGAGACCGAGGCAGCACCACAAGCCUGAGCAGCGACUUCUCCCUGGGGAUGGAAAGUUCUCCUGGAGCAGCUGGGAGCUUCACUUAUGAAGCGGUGGAACUGAUGCCAGCAGGAGCACAGGCUCAAGCAGCAUGGAGGAAGAGUUGUGCGUCGUCACCACAAGCCGUGCUCUGGAGCAGGGCUCAACAGUCUGAAGACAGGCUGCCUUCCACAGGGAUGGUCGAAGUCAAGUCCUCCAGCUCCUCCUCAUCAACCCAUUCUGAUAACUUCCUGAGGAUUGGAAGCAGCCCACUGGAAGUGCCCAGAUCCAGAUCGGCGGACCAUUCUCUGCCCGGAUCUUCCGUUUCCACAGACUUUGGCAGCUGGCAGAUGGUGACAGGGUGUGGCAGUAUUCGGGAGCAGGCAAUCCUGAGCGCAGACGCCUCUCUCCCUUGCAGCUUCCCGGAUGAGUUCCCUAGCACUUGCCUGCUGGUGUCGGCGAGCGACCGCGAGUCCCGGCUGGAAGAAGUGCGUUCUGCUUUUCUGGCCAGCUACAGCCGGACCAUCGGCCUGAAAGCCGUGCCCCCCAGCCCCUCGGGGGCCAUCGGUGGCCUCCUCGAGCAGUUUGUGCGAGGCGUGGGACUGAGAGGCAGCAGCACCCUCUGAGCACGGCGUUCCCGGAACCGCUGGCUGGAGAACCGGGACCCCGCGGGUCCCCCUGGCCAAGCCGGGACCCCCUUCCCGGUGUGGGGCACCCCAGUGUCCAUCGCCGUCCACCCCUGCUCGGGGCUGGGGGAGCGCGGGGGGGGCUCCGACGAGUCUCUGCAGUAAAGACACCCGAGCUGUGC